UGUGCCUUCACACACACACACACACUGGAUUGAUCCUGCAACCCUUGCAUUCAGUGCUUCUGGGGACUGGAUAUACCCCCUUCUCACAAUUGACAUCUCCCAGACUGCUAUAGAACCCAGGCUUGCCAUCCAAACCACGUGCUUUAUUUCUCUUACUCUGAGACAUUGUAUCAGUUCCCCAUAGAUAUAGAACCUUUGUAACCAAUGCUGUAUUCACACAGUUGCUCCAAACUAGUUUGCCGAAAUCCACUCGGAUGUCCAGCUUCCUGAGGCUAUUGGUUUUGUUUUUUACCUGGCACCCUUUGGAUCACAUACUAGGAAGAGGCUGAUGAUCUGGAUAGUUGUGUGAGGGGCUGCCCUGACUAAGGAUUUACUUUCUAUACUCCAAUAUACUCCAUUGACUGCCACAAUCAGCUGAGCCCUCAUCCCGGACUGGAAAAUGCACUUGCUGGAAGUAGCCCUACUUUUUCUUUACACAGUGUUAAUUCAGGGGGACACAGCUUACGAGUCAGGGCAGGGCUACUACGAGGAUCCGGAUUUUGGCGACACUAAGGAUCACCAGAGCAAGGAACUGGAAGAGCAACUGCGGUCAGUGUCCAGUGUGGAUGAACUUAUGACACUUCUGUAUCCAGAGUCUUGGAAAAUGUUCAAGUGUCAAUUAAGGCAAGGAGGACUAUCCGGCUUUGAUGCUAGAAGAGAUGAUAGUGUUAAGUUUGCUGCUGCACAUUACAAUUACAAUGCUGAUAUCUGGAAAAGUAUUGAAAUUGAGUGGAGAAAAACUCAGUGUAUGCCACGUGAAGUGUGUGUAGAUGUUGGAAAAGAAUUUGGAGCAGCAACAAACACCUUCUUUAAACCCCCAUGUGUAUCCAUCUACAGAUGCGGUGGUUGCUGUAACAGUGAAGGGCUACACUGUAUGAAUACAAGUUCAACAUAUGUCAGCAAAACACUUUUUGAAAUCACUGUUCCUCUGUCUCAAGGACCAGUAAAACCUGUAACAAUUAGCUUUGCAAACCACACAUCCUGCAGAUGCAUGUCAAAGUUGGAUGUUUACAGACAAGUCCAUUCAAUUAUCAGACGAUCAUUGCCAGCAACUCAGAUACACUGUCACGUGGCAAACAAAACAUGUCCCAAGAACCACGUCUGGAGCAAUCACUUGUGCAAAUGUAUAAAACAGCAUGAGUUUGGAUAUUCAACUCAUCAAGAAGAAUCAGAAUCAGCAGAAGAAUUUAGCGACAUAUGUGGACCAAACAAAGAACUGGAUGAAGAAACUUGUCAAUGUGUUUGCAAGGGAGGUUUACUACCUUCAAGCUGUGGGCCCCACAAAGAACUGGAUAGGACAUCAUGCCAGUGUGUUUGCAAAAAUAAACUUCUAUCCACUUCAUGUGGUCCCAACAAAGAGUACGAUGAUGAAAGAUGCCAGUGUGUUUGUAAAAAGACUUGUCCAAAACACCAGCCUUUGAAUACUGCAAAAUGUGCUUGUGAAUGCUUAGAAUCUCCGAAUAAAUGUUUCCUAAAAGGAAAGAGAUUUCACUCUCAAACAUGCAGUUGCUACAGACCCCCGUGUGCAGUUCGAUCGAAACGUUGUGACCCUGGUUUUUUGUAUAGUGAAGAAGUUUGCCGCUGUGUCCCUACAUAUUGGAAAAGACCACAUAUGAACUAAUUACAUUAUUAGAAAAUAUGCCUCAAAUGCUUCCACAGAGCAAGGGAAACUGAUUCUAGCAUUGGAUUACUUUUACAGUUAAACCCCCAAAUGGGCAAAGAGACACUUUGUGCAUUCUGUAAAAGCUUGGAAAUCAGGUUAAAAGAUGAGCUCAGACUUCUGUCAUUUUAAGGACUCAAUGGGACUUUUUUGUUGCCAAUGACAAAGCAGCCCAGGUUUCUCCCUGUGAUUUUUAUUAAAAUGACUAUAUAAUUUAUUUCCACUAAAAAUAUUGUGCAGAAUUUGUGUUUAUAGCAGUUACAAUGUAAAAGUGCACUGUGAUCCAUAUUUUUAUAUCAUGUAAAGUAUGUUUAAAAUAAAAAAAAAAAAACUGUACUAUAAACCACCAAAUAUGGUCAGUAAAACUCAGUAUCACUCGAGAGCAUCGGAAAAACUAUAUUUUACCAAACUUUACUAUUUACUUUUUUUAAAAGGUGGAAGAGAUAUCCGGGAUGUGGUAAAUUGAAGAUGGCAAUUUUGUACUCCAAUGAGAAGUUUAUCAAUUAAAGAAAACAAUCUAAGCACCAAAACCCUCAAGAUCAUAAUGCGUAGAUGCUGCCACUGUUAACCAACGACGUUAAUAAUGCAGUUUAAUUGCAAUUCAGUUUUCACUUUCAUUACCAUUCGGUGUUUGGCAAAUAAACCUUUGAGAUCUUCUGGAUCCUUUAAAUGACAAGUGUUCCUAAAACUUUAAAUCCUUCAUCAUAGUCAACAGGAACUUGACUUUGGAGCCUACGAUCUAUGCACUAAAAAUAAAGCAAACAUAUGUGAACAAAGUGUUUAAAUAACCUGGAAUUGUUCAUGUUAGUCCAAUAAAAAAGGUAUCAUUGCA